AUGACGUCCCCAAUUGUUCUCGAUCAAGGUACAGGGUUUGUGAAGAUUGGCCGAGCCGGAACUAAUUUUCCUGACUACACUUUUCCAUCCAUGGUCGGUAGACCAAUUUUGAGAGCAGAAGAACGUAAUACUCUCGUACCCGAUGAUGUUGAAAUCAAGGAUAUAAUGUGUGGGAACGAAGCAAGCCAAGUUAGAUCGUUGCUACAGAUAAAUUAUCCAAUGGAAAACGGUAUUAUAAAGAACUGGGAAGAUAUGGAACAUUUAUGGGACUAUGCUUUCUACGAUAUGAUGAACUUAAACCCUCAGGGACAAAAGAUAUUGUUAACCGAGCCGCCAAUGAACCCGUUGAAAAAUAGGGAAACAAUGUGUCAGGUUAUGUUUGAAAAAUAUGGCUUUGGCGGAGUUUACGUUGCAAUACAGGCGGUGCUAGCUUUAUAUGCUCAAGGGUUGAGUUCUGGAGUAGUUGUGGAUUCUGGAGAUGGUGUAACACAUAUUGUACCGGUUUAUGAAUCUGUUGUGUUGAAUCAUUUGACAAAGAGAUUGGAUGUUGCAGGAAGAGACGUUACUAGACAUUUGAUAAAUUUGCUAUUCCGUCGAGGCUAUGCAUUCAACAGGACUGCUGAUUUUGAAACAGUGCGUCAGAUUAAAGAAAAACUAUGCUACGUAAGCUACGAUUUGGCCUUCGAUGCCAAACUAGCAACCGAGACAACCACUUUGGUGGAGACAUACGAGUUACCAGACGGGAGGGUCAUCAAAGUAGGAAGUGAAAGGUUUGAAGCUCCUGAAUGCUUGUUCCAGCCACAUUUGGUUGAUGUGGAACAACCCGGUGUGGGUGAGUCAUUGUUCAACACAAUACAGGCCGCAGACGUGGAUGUAAGAUCAUCAUUGUACAAAGCCAUUGUGUUAUCCGGUGGUUCGUCAAUGUAUCCAGGUUUACCAUCAAGAUUGGAAAAGGAGUUGAAACAGUUAUGGCUAACCAAAGUGUUACACGGAGACGCUAGUAGAUUAGACAAAUUCAAAGUAAGAAUUGAAGAUCCCCCAAGAAGAAAACAUAUGGUGUUUAUAGGAGGAGCAGUAUUGGCAAACAUAAUGGCUGAUAAAGACCACAUGUGGGUCUCAAAACAAGAAUGGGAAGAACAAGGACCAAGAGUAUUAAAAAAAUUAGGACCACGUUAG